AUGAUCGUCCCCCCGCGGCGCCUGGCCGGGCUCUGGCCGUGGCUGCUCAUGGCGGCCCUGCAGUUGGUGCUGGGCCAGCCGGGCCUGGAGUCCGAGCGGCCGGCCCUCCGAGCUGUCAUCAAGGUGGCACUGCUGAAUCAUGAGCCGGCGGGGAAGACCAUCACCUUGCAAGGGUUGUUCGUGGGAGGAAGUGCCGGCUACGCGGAGGGAAAACUAAUGCAGUAUCACCCUCUGUCUCUGUGCAACACAAGCGAGGAUGAACGACAAGAGAGUGACUUCAUCACUAUUGUCAAACUGGAGCACAGGGUACCCCGCUGUCUGCCGCUGCUCGAUAAGGCUCGCAUGGCAUUGGACAAAGGCGCUCAGGCUGUUAUCUUCGAUGUCAGUGAUGAUGCCAACGCUGCUGCUGAGCUGCGAGAAACCGACUCCCUUCCCCGUCCCGUCGUGCUGGUGGAGGCGGAGGACGCUGAGGAGCUGAUGGGUUUGGUCAACAAGAACGAGGAGGCCAAAGUUCGUAUUGAGAUCAUGGGGGAGCAGCCUACAUGGCCACAUUACGAUGUGGGCAUCCUGCUCACCAUCGUCCUAGCUAUUCUGACCAUCGUCCUGAUAUUUGCGUUCCGCUACAAGUGCAAGUCCAACAGGACCUGGGACUCUGUCCAUCAGCAGACCAUGCGGGCCAUUAGUCGAUUGGAGACCAAAACCUACAGCUCCCAGGGCUGCUCGGGCUCUCAGCACCACCAGGCCCCCUGGGGGUCGGGCAGCAGCUCCAACUCGAGCCCUGUAUGUGCUAUCUGCCUGGAGGACUUCCAGGACGGCCAGCAUUUGAGGAUCAUCUCUUGCGCUCAUGAGUUCCACAAAGAGUGUGUCGACCCCUGGCUGCUACAACACCGCACCUGUCCCCUCUGUAUGCACAACAUCAUGGGGACAGAGCGGCAGCCCCAGAGGAACAGACUCCAGCAGAGUGUGGAGCAAAGCCAGAGUUUCCUUCACCCUCAGCCUUACAGCAGCCCACGCAACCACCCCUUCCCCCAGCACGCCAUCCCCUUCUCUAUGAGGCCCCACUAUCCUCGUGGACCCUCUGGACAUUAUCCUUCCCUGGGCCACUACACCAGCUCUUCUCCCAUGGAUGCCCAAACACUACGUUUCCUAACCAGCAGGCCGCUGGCGUCCGGCUGUGGGUACCACCUUCCUGUAGAGGGCCCAGGGAGGCCCCACAGGAUUGGAGGUAACUGCAGGAGUUCCACCCACCACUACGCAUCACGCCGGUCCUGCCACAACUAUAGGUCAUCCUGUCCGGCCCAGCGCAGCGCAUCCAGCUCAAGACUGCAGCACACGGCCUCCGUCACACCACAGCCGCGUGGAGCGCCGGCCCAUAGCCGGCAGGACGACGCCAGCUGCUCGGGCGGCAGCUACCACACAGAACGCAGCGGAUACAUGGCCGAUGGGCCGGCCAGUGACUCCAGCUCAGGGCCCUGCCACGGCUCCUCUAGCGACUCAGUUCUCAAUUGUACUGACGUGUCCCUGCAGGGGGUUUAUGGCAGUUGGUCCACCUUCCGAAGCUCUCUGAGCAGUGAUUAUGAUCCGUUUGUGUAUUACGGGCCAGGGCCUGGGCGCGCCCCUCGCAGGAACAGCCUGGAGGCCGAUGCCCAGGCCCGGCCCAGGUCUCUGGAUUCUGUGGUGAACAAAGCGGGCUGCCCCGAGGAGCAGCCGCAGACUGUGUUCAGCCACAUCCACUUCCACCGCCACAGACACCACCACUAUGAGGAGGGGGAGCACAGCCAGGGCCCGAGCAGAGGCUCGGACGAGGAGCAGGGGGGCGUUGCUGCUGCUGCUGCUGCUGCUGCUGCUGCUGCUGCGACACCUGCUCCUCUAGUCCUGGACAAAGACUUGCCUGUCUGCCCUCCUAAGCACAGUCCCUGCCAGUGCCCAAAGCCAGACCCCACAGAUCGACCCAGUCCUGGGACUGAGUGUCAGGACCAUGACCUCAGCAGCCCUGCAGGACCUCCUGUUUCCUGUCUUGUCCCAUUACAGCUUCAACCCCACUGCUGCCACCAGGGGCACGGACACACUCCCGCUCCUCUUGGGCGAGUGGGUGGCUGUGUGCUUGAUGGGACCUCUGUCCGCUUCCACCAGAGCCUAGAUCUGCAGGACGACCGUAGCAUCCACAUCCACUACGGCCAGGGCCCGGGCUUCUGCUGCUCCCCUCCGGAGCUGCACCCUGCAUUGCUCCCCGUGCCACUCAUUCUGGACUCUGGAGGUAUGGAGGACUGGCCUUGCUAUGCCGGGGCCCAUGUUGUGUGGCAAAAGCGGGUGCAGCAGGCACACUCAGAGCCUCAGCUCUUGGGGCCUGGGACCUCUAUGGACAGGCCACCCUGCCGGUUCCAGCACGGCCCUGGUGCCGACCGCAACACAGACAUUUGUUUGUACUGCCAAACACUACACUACAAUCAGGGAUCAGAAGAGGAGUCUGGUGUGUGAGACUUGUUGCAUCCCCGUUAUCACGCUGCUACACAGGAAACAGAAUGGACAAGCCUCUCAUUGGCUAUCGCUCCCAUUUCUUCCACAUAAUUCCACCAGCAAUGCCUUGGUUCAGCCGAUUCCCCAGCCCCCCCUCCCCCGGAUACAAAGCUCACAUACUGGAAUGCUCUUUCAGAUGAGUCAGCUUGAAAAUGAAUGUGAUUAAAUCAUGCUUACAUUUUUAGAAUAAUGCUAGAUCCUUUAUAAUGUUUAUAUGGAAAUAUAUUGAAUGAUUUUGGAGUUGCUGGGGAAGCAACUCAUACACCACCAAGGGGGAAAAGUGUUUUUCUGUGUUUCUGCUCGUCAGUUAUAGAAAGAUUAUUGCUCAACCCGGGUUCAACAUUCAAAGUUGUUUUUUUUCCACUUGUCCAGUUGG